AUGGAGUCUGGCGUGACGUGGCUUCUGUGGCUCUGCGGCUGGUGGGGCUUGUGGAAAUUCGCUUCUGGAGAGCCUGGACCCUACGUGCUCUGCCUCAGCUUAGCCUCACACUUCCGGAUCCCGCCUCCGUUCGGGCAAGUCCCCCCCUUGCUGGAUGUGCUGAUGACCUACGUCGUUGGCCACAGCACGUUUUACGCCUGCUGUUUUUCUGGCGUUUUCUUCUUCACUUCGCACUGGCGACCUUGCUGGCUCCUCUCCUCUGUGCCUCGGGCCUCGGGUGAAGCUGCGAAGCUGAGAAUCGUCAGAGGUUUCGUGGCGACGGCCGACCUGAUCCGCCGCGUUGCGCUUCAAGUGCCUGCCGCUUUUUUUUUGCAUAGUUUUUUCGAGGCAUCCUGCGCUUUGCUCAGCCUGCGGCGACGGCGCGCUCUGUCGCAGCUGGAGUCCGAGUGGGCUCCGACGAAACAGCCGCGACCAGCCCAGCCCUGGCUGACGCUGCUCCAUCCCUACCUCUACUUCUUCUUCAAGGAGGUGCCGGGGAAGGGACCGCAGGGUCCCAUCCGCCUCGAGCAGAUCCGGCCUUCCUCGCUCGAAGCUCCCAUCGAUGUCUGGUGGCCGGGAGUUCCGGCACCGACAAAGGGAUACCCUGUGCUGUUCCUGAUCCAUGGCGGUGCCUGGCGCGGUGGCCACAGGCGCUGCUCGCCGCAAGCACCACUUUUGCAGGCCCUUGCAGCUGCAGGAUUCUUGAUCGUCAGCUGCGAGUACCGCCGGCGGAGGGGUGCACAGUGGCCGGUACAGCUCGAGGACUGCAAGGCUGCUCUCGAGUGGCUCGAAAAGGACGGGGCCACAUUGGGCGCUGACUUGUCUGACGUCUCCAUUGCCGGUGCUUCAGCUGGUGGGCACCUGGCGGCGCUGCUUCUGGCAACUCCGCUCCAAAGCCCUAGCCUCGCCCGCGGCGCCUCUGCCAUCCGCUUCCGAGCUGUGCUGCUCUGCUACCCGGCCCUGGAUCCAGCAGAUCGCAGCGGUGCGACUGUGAAGUCUCCCUUCUCUUGUAGUUUGCUUGGCGUCCGGCGUGGGAUGAGUUUCCUCGCAUGGUUUUUCGAGGUGUUCGUCCUCUGGUGCGAUCGCCAGCUCUGGGUAUCUGCCGAGCCUUUGGAAGCGCUGAAGGCUGCGAGCGAGGAGCUUGCAGGCGCGUGGCCACCCACUUUGAUCAUCCACGGCGAGCUGGAUGGUGUGGUCCCUGUGGAGCACAGCCGCCAGUUCUUGACACAGCUUGCAGCCAGGGCUGGUGCUCCAAAGGGAGGAGAAGAGUGGCGAAGUAAGGACCAGCUCUUCAUCGUCCCUCUCUCUCGACAUGCUUUCGAGAUCGCCACUGGCGAUCUGACGGCGGCAUCCUUCGAUGCUGCGAUCACUUGGCUUGAUCUUGGCACCACAUACAGCUGUGUCGGCGUGUGGAAGAACGACGGUGUCGAGAUCAUCGCAAACGAUCAGGGCAACCGGACCACCCCGUCCUACGUGGCCUUCACGGACACCGAGCGCCUGAUUGGCGAUGCCGCAAAGAACCAGGUCUUCGAUGCCAAGCGCCUGAUCGGCCGCAAGUUCCAGGACCCCAUCGUGCAGUCCGACAUCAAGCUCUGGCCCUUCAAGUGCGUCGCCGGCCCCAGCGACAAGCCACUGAUCGUGGUCCAAGUGGAGGGUGAGGACAGCUUCAAAGAGGGUUGA